CAGUUAUGUGGGAGGCUAGCACCUUUAACCACCAUGUCACCUGCCGGCCUAGCAGCCUAUUUUUAAUUGCAAACUGUUGUAUUUAUGAGAUGGCUUUUAUCAACAUAGGUGACCCUAAACCAAACAUUCCAAGCUGUGGAGGUAUUUAUUUGUCUGACUUCUUUUCUUCCAUGGUACAGGUUGAGCAUCCCUAAUCUGAAAUAAAUCCUCCCUAAUAAAUAAAGGGACUGUGUUGGGAAUCUUGGAAGCACUGCCAACAUGUCAGUUAUAGAAGAAGCCACUAACCAACUCCUGGAUGUGAACCUUUAUGAGAAUCAGAGGUCUGUACAAGUGACAGAAAGUGACCUCAGCAGUGGAUACGAGCAUCUCCAAGUUACUAUCGGAGCCACUGUACCUACUGGCUUUGAGCAGACAGCUGCAGAUGAAGUGAGAGAGAAAUUGGGGUCAUCCUGUAAAAUCAGCAAAGACCGGGGCAAGAUAUAUUUUGACGUUUCAGUGGAAAGUCUGGCUCAGGUUCAUUGUCUGAGAUCAGUUGAUAACUUAUUUGUGGUGGUUCAGGAGUUCAAAGAUUACCAAUUCAAAAAAACAAAGGAAGAAGUUUUAAAGGAUUUUGAAGACUUGGCUGGAAAACUUCCAUGGUCAGACCCUCUAAAAGUAUGGAAAAUUAAUACCAGUUUCAAGAAAAGAAAAACAAAGCGCAAAAAGAUUAAUCAGAAUUCAAAUAAAGGGAAGACUGAAAAUGGGCAAGGAGACAAACUAGAUGAGAGGGAUGUUAAAAAAGAUUCCACUAACAAUGCUUUAGACUCACAUAUUUUGGACUAUUAUGAAAACCCAGCCAUCAAAGAAGAGGUGUCAACAUUAGUAGGCGAUGAUUUGGCAUCCUGUAAAGAUGAGACUGAUGAAAACACAAAAGAAGAAACAGAGCCUCAAGUGAUAAAAUUCAGAGUCACAUGCAAUAGGGCAGGAGAGAAACACUGCUUUACCUCAAAUGAGGCUGCAAGAGAUUUUGGGGGUGCAGUUCAAGAUCACUUUAAGUGGAAGGCCGAUAUGACCAACUUUGAUGUAGAGGUUCUUUUAAAUAUCCACGAUAAUGAAGUCAUUGUGGGAAUUGCUUUGACUGAAGAGAGUCUCCACCGAAGAAAUAUCACACAUUUUGGACCCACAACCCUCAGGUCAACUCUUGCCUAUGGGAUGCUCAGACUCUGUGCUCCUCAACCUACUGAUAUAAUAGUUGAUCCAAUGUGUGGAACGGGGGCAAUACCAAUAGAGGGUGCUACAGAAUGGUCUAACUGUUACCAUAUUGCUGGUGAUAAUAAUCCAUUGGCUGUGAAUCGAGCAGCAAAUAACAUCUCAUCUUUAUUGACCAAGAGUCAAAUUAAAGAAGGCAAACCCUCCUGGGGCUUGCCCAUAGAUGCUGUUCAGUGGGAUAUCUGCAAUCUACCAUUGAGAACUGGCUCUGUGGAUAUUAUUGUAACAGACAUGCCAUUUGGAAAAAGGAUGGGCUCCAAAAAGAGAAACUGGAACCUUUAUCCAGCAUGCCUACAAGAGAUGAGCCGCGUCUGUAGACCUGGAACAGGCCGAGCUGUCCUACUUACUCAGGACAAGAAAUGCUUUACCAAGGCAUUAUCUGGAAUGGGACAUGUAUGGCGAAAGGUGCAUACAGUCUGGGUGAACAUAGGGGGUCUUCAUGCUGCAGUUUAUCUUCUGAAACGCACACCUCAAGCUUUUGCUUGUCCUUCAGAAGAAGAUAGAGGAAGAGGAACUCCUUGGUAAUGCAAAGAGGGAAGAUUACUAUCUGUACUUAAUACUGGAAAUGUUGGCAUAAAGAACAUGCUUUCAGCAAAGAGCUGAGCAAUAUCAGUAUUGUUCUUAAAAUGCUUUAAGAUGC